UUGGUGUAUGUCUCGGAGCACAUUUACUUGCUGAUGUUAUCGGUGGAUGUACUCAUUUAGGAAAAUAUGAUUAUGAAGUUGGUUAUGUUCAAUAUGAACUUACAUCUGAAGGAAAAUGUGAUCCAAUUUUAUCAAAAGUAUUUGAAAAACAACAAAAUAAACCAUUAUUCGUUAUGCAUCAUAGAGAUUCAUUCGAUUUACCAUCGAAUGCAACUAUUUUAGCUUAUACAACAAAUAAUUAUAUAGCUGCUUUUCGGUUUGGUUCAGCAUAUUGUGUACAAUUUCAUCCGGAAGCAUCAUUUACUGAAUUUAAUGAAUGGAUACAACAAACACGUAGCGAUGAACCAGAGAUAUAUGGAAAUAUUAAUAUCGAUAAAAUUCUAUAUCAAGCACAAGCAUGUGAAAUUCAAGCUGAACAAUCACGACAAUUAUUUUUUGAUACAUGGUGGAAUUCUAUUCAACAACAACAACAACAACAAUAA